GGAUUUGAGAUUAUCACCAUGCCUGAUCCAACAAGUCAGUCGAACUACACUCAAAUCGCGACGUCGCAUCUAUCGCUCGAAUGGAAUGUAAAUUAUAGUCGAAGAUUCAUUGCCGGAUCUGCCACACACACGCUGAUAGCGAGACAAGAUGGUGUGAAUGAGGUAGUAUUUGAUACGGCGCACUUGGAUAUCGAGAGCGUACAGGUAGAGGGGGAACAUGCAAAGUAUGCCCUGAAGGGCGAGCAUGAAGUCAUGGGUUCUGCCCUUCACAUCGAUCUUCCAAAAACUCUUGUUUCUGGAUCAUCAAUCUCCAUCCACAUAUCCUACAAAACCACCAAGGACUGUACUGCUCUUCAGUGGCUCGAAAAAGAGCAGACGCAAGGACAGAUAUUCCCGUUCCUUUUCAGUCAAUGUCAACCAAUCUACGCUCGGUCCCUUGCACCAGUACAAGACACACCAUCCGUUAAACUGACGUAUAGCGCCAAAGUAACCUCUGUCCUUCCAGUGCUUUUGUCUGCAAAACGUGUGUCUCCGCCUUCAGAUGGACCAGCUCACGGUGGUAAGGUAAUCGGCGUAGACGAAGUAACAUAUGUUUACGAUCAGCCUGUCCCUAUACCUUCUUACUUGAUUGCCAUUGCAGCUGGGAAUGUUCGAUAUCGUCCGUUUCCUGUCGUGGAUGGGAAAGACUGGACCUCUGGAGUAUGGGCUGAACCUGAAUUAAUGACUGCAGCAUACUGGGAAUUUAGCGAGGAUACUACAAAGUUCUUAGCUGCUGAGGAAAAAAUAGUAGGUUCGUAUCGAUUUGGAGUGUAUGAUCUACUCGUUUUGCCACCCUCUUUCCCAUACGGAGGUAUGGAAAAUCCUUGCCUUAGCUUUGUCGCGCCAACACUCCUGGCGGGCGACAGGUCUCUCGUGGAUGUAGUCAUACACGAACUGACACACUCUUACUUCGGCAAUGGUAUAACCCAUGUCGAUGCUACACAUUUCUGGCUAAACGAAGGUUGGACCACCUAUAUGGAGCGUCUUCUUCAGCGACUGUUGCACUCUGAGGCUCAUCGUGGAUUAUCCUGUAUAAUCGGUGCUAGGAGCCUUGAUGAGGCUCUAGAGCAGUUUAUAGAUAUACCACGAUACCAAAGGCUCAUCAUUGACUUUGCGUAUGGUGAAAACCCAGACUUCGCCUAUAGUCGCGUGCCUUAUGAGAAAGGCUCCAAUCUCAUUCUUCACAUCGAACGUGUGAUUGGUGGUCUGGACGUCUUCUUGCCAUAUGUGAGAGACUACGUGGACACUUUUAUGGGUCAGAGCAUCACUACAGAGCAGUGGAAAUCCCACCUGUAUACGUACUACAGAAACCAUGGUGGUGAUGAAAAGAUCCAAGCUUUGGACAGUAUUGAUUGGAAUGCUUGGUUUUAUGGCGAGGGUCUGGCAUUGCCCGUCAAGAUGGAAUAUGACAUGACGCUGGCCAAAGAAGCAAACCAGCUAGCUGAGCGCUGGGAUGCCUCUCGUGCCAUCAGCGACAUCACCAAAUUGGAAUUCCAGAGUUCUGACAUCGACGUUAUGGAUGCGAAACAGAAAGUGGUAUUUUUGGAACGUUUGCAAACUUUCUCAUGCUUGCCAUCAGCACACCUCUUCCAUCUGGAUGAACUGUAUAAACUGUCCUCGACGUUGAGUGCAGAGCUUCGUCUGCGUUUUUACCAGCUCGUUUUACCAGACUCGACAUCUGCUGCGGCAAAGCACUUUGCUCCCCAAGCUGCUCUGUGGGUUGUAGGAAAUGAUGGUACCGGUGUUAUCAAAGGUCGCAUGAAGUUUUGCAGGCCAGUCUUUAGGGCCAUAUACAAAGUUGACGCCCAAUUAGCUAUUAGUACAUUCAAGAAAUCAGAGGAAAUGUUCCAUCCAAUUGCGAAGAAGCUGAUCGAGAAGGACCUUGAUUUAGCUUGAAGGAUCUAGAGAUCUGUAAAUACUAUAACUGUGUAUGUAUCGAUAUAAAUGACAGCGAUGCCCUUAUCCUCCUUUUACCUACGCAAGAGGGAUCGUUUGUGGGUAUCCAAUGUGAUCAAUUAUUUGUAAUAAUACA